AUGCAUAAUAAGUACAGAUUCUGCCUUACUGGUUUGAUGGAACCUUUCCAACAAGCUUAUAAGUUGGAUAGUUACAGAAGAAGACUAGGCUUGAAGACUGCUUUAUGCAAUAUUUCAGGCAAGAUCUGGGCUUUUGUAGAUGCGAAUCAUGAAGUUACUGUACUCAUUGAUAGUGUUCAACAAAUGACAUUGAAGUUGGAAAAUUGUGAUACUCAUGCAGAGAUUAUUGUUACCUUAGUCUAUGCUAAAUGUGACAGGAUUGAAAGAAUUGAACUAUGGGAAUCUCUUUAUCAUUUGGCAUCUGACAUGACUUUACCUUGGCUUGUUGGUGGUGACUUUAAUGUUAUUACUGAUGAAGAAGAGAAGUAUGGUGGUAUGCCAGUGACUUUGAAUAAAGUGGAAGACUUCAGACAUUGCAUUCAAACCUGCAAUCUCACAGAUUUGGGCUAUAAAGGCAGUAUUUUCACUUGGUGGAAUGGAAGAGGUGCAGAAGACUGCGUGUUUAAGAGACUUGAUAGGUGCUUAGGCAAUUUUGAGUUUCAGCAAUUGUUUCCAGGUUUGGAUAUUGCUCACUUGAUCAAACUUAGUUCUGAUCAUUCUCCAUUGCUUCUUGAAUGUAAACAACAAGAGGUUGUCAAAGCUCAUGAAGCAAUUUUUGAAUCCAAUCCAUCAUAUUCCAACAAGGAGAAACUAAUGAAGGUUCAAGCUGAAUUGACAAGAGUUUUGCAUCUGGAGGAAGAAUUUUGGAAGCAAAAGGCUGGCAUAUCCUGGUUUCAAGAAGGAGACAAGCAUUCCAAGUUUUUCCAUGCUUAUGUGAAUGGAAGACGAAAGUUUCUGCGGUUAAACAGGAUUCAAGACAGUAAAAGAACUUGGCUUGACUCUAAGGUUGAUAUUACAAGAGAAGCUGAUCCCACCAAACAUGAAGUGAAGCAGGCUGUCUUUGGCUUAAACUAUGAAAGUGCAAGUGGACCUGAUGGUUACACAAGUCUUUUCUUUCAAAAAUGCUCGGAUAUUAUUGGUGAUGACCUGUUUAACAUGGUGUGGGAUUUUUUCAGAGGGUUUGAAUUACCAAGAUAUAUUACUCAUACUAAUCUUGUGCUCUUUCCAAAGAAGAAGGAUGUACAGACUUUUAGUGACAUGAGACCAAUAAGUCUGAGCAAUUUUGGAAACAAAGUGUUUUCUAGAGUUGUGCAUGAAAGAUUAGUGCAGUUGCUUCCUGAUUUGAUCUCUCAAAAUUAA